ACGGAUCGGGACACAGGCCUCAAGAAGCGUCGCGAAAAAGGCUUAGAAGGACGAAUAGCGUAGAUCUUCCGACCGGUAGGACGAGCAUCGUCACCUGCAUAAAACUGCCGAUUUAUUUUCGUACGAAGAGGCAAACGACACACCUAGUUCCGCUCUUGCCAUCCACGUUAGAAAGAACAUUCAAUCGCUGUGGCAGUUUAUAUCAAACUGUUGCUGGAUAUUGUCUUCAGAUCAACGAUGAGAAAUAUCGUUUGGGUUAUUCUGCUUCUUGGGGUUGCACGUGCGCAACAAGAAUAUAAACUCUGCGCACCUGUCGAUACUAUAAGUGAUGACGCAUGUUAUGCUCUGCAACGAGGGGAAAGUAAAGUAUCAUGUUUACGCGUAGCGGACAGCGCUGAAUGCGCUAUUCGCUUAGUCCAAGGAGCGGCUGAUUUCGGUGUUUUCAAUGCGGAAGAACUCUUAUUGACAUAUCAAUUCUAUCCGUUGGACAUCCUACCUAUUCUUCAAUUGAGACACAGGGAUAAGCUGGGAGAGGAUUUCGAAUUUCAAACAGUGGCAGUGGUUCCCGCAGAUUUUACGCAAAAAGUCGUUAGUCCUGGUGAACGCCUUAAACAAUUGAAAGGUGGUGGCUUUUGCCAUCCUGGUUUUAGUAAAUCUCAAUGGUGGAAUGAUUACAUUCUCAAAUAUUUUGAAAACAUUGUAAAUCGUCCGCGUUGCCAAGAAAAUGUAACUAUCAUCGAAAAUGAGAUUAGAAAUCUUAAAGAUUUCUUUGGAAAAGCUUGUAGACCAGGCGAAUGGAUCGCUGACAGCUCCUUUGAUCAAGAACUAAAAAAUAAGUAUCCAGAGCUAUGCGAUCUUUGUGAUGAUCGAACAGCUUGUACUUACAAUAAUAUGGAAAAACACGGUCAUUUAGGAGCAUUGGAUUGUCUAACUCAUCGUAAUGGCAAAGUCGCAUAUGUAGCGCUCAGCUACGUUCGUGAAUAUCUCAGAACAAACGCGUCGUUUCAGUUUUUAUGUCCAAAUGGUAACAUUCUUCCUUUAACCACCGAAACUCCUUGUGCGUGGCUUAAACAACCAUGGAGUGUCGUCGCAGCUAGAAAAGAAAUUGCGAAGCCUCUUAAGAAUGAUUUGUUGAAAUGGCUGAAUUCAUCAUUUCCAUUUGGACAUAAAGAAAAUGAUUGGGAAAUUGUUUUAAAUAGAAUUAUACAAGAAGAUAGCCGGGCUAUCGAUCUUAUGGAAAUGUCUCUGGCUACGUACUUAAGUAAAGGAAGAGAAAUUGAUAUCUCAAAUAUUGAGACUUGCGGUAAAACCAUUCGUUGGUGCACUAUUGGUGAUUUAGAGACUAAUAAAUGCACAUGGGUGGCGAAAGCAGCGAGAACUCUUGGUGUGGAACCGAGCAUUUCCUGCAUCAGAUCAAAUUCCACAUUUGAAUGUUUUCGCGAUAUAGCUGAAGAUCGGGCAGACAUAAUCACCAUCGAUUCCAACUAUGGGUAUUUGGCGCGAACCGUUUAUGAUCUAUCAACGGUUCUGUAUAGCGAAACUGAGAUGGACAAGAAUAGCGUGAUAAUCGCGAUAGUGCGCGAAUCUAAGGAUAACAUUUAUCCAAUAAAAAAUUUUUACGAUCUAAAAAAUCGAAAAGCAUGUUUUCCAGAAUACGGCGGAAUUAGUUGGUUAAGUUUCACCAAUAUUGCAAGAACGGAUGGCAUUAUUUCAUCUAAAUCCUGUGAUUAUUCAUUAUUGGUGUCCAAAUUGUUGUCUGGCGCUUGUACUCCCGGAAUAGAAGAUGCCGAUCAUGCGCGCACUGCUAUUUCAGCAGAUGUAUCGUCCAAGCUCUGUUCAGCAUGUCGAUAUCAAAAUAAUACUUCUUGCGCGGUAAACGAAACCAAUCGCUAUUAUAACGACAAAGGAGCCAUGCGAUGUCUCAGCGAAGGAGUAGGCGAUGUGGCAUUCGUCGAGGCGGCAAAUAUCAUCAAGAGCGACAUUGAUCCGUAUAUGUAUCGUAUCUUGUGCAGAAAUGGAAGUUUGGCUGAAUUUCCAGGAUUUAAAUUUGACGAAUUUUGCGCAUUAUCAGUGACAAUUGAUAGCGAACUUGUUGGUCGCAAAAAUGAUACGCAGAUUUCUAGGACGAAUACUGUCUUGGCUUUACUCAAAAUAGAAGAUUGGCUAGGAUAUCGCGUGAGCCCUCGGAGACCAAUUCGCAUUUAUGGCCCAUUCAACAGCACGCUAGAUCUCCUGUUCAAAGAUUCCACAUCCGGUUUAGUUACUACAUCAUCGACGAAGAAAUCAGUGCUUGCCUAUAAAGAGCUAUUUAGUCAUGUAGACGAAUGCUCGACUGGUUCGUUUGUGGCCACUACAAAUUUUGUUCUUGUUGCUCUAAUUACCCUUUAUCACUUUCUUUUCAAUCACAUACAUUAA